AUGACUGACUUUUUUGAGAAUCCAAACCUAACUCUUUAAAAAAGUGAUGCAAUAAAUAUACGUCCUAGCACAUGUAUGUCGAGUCACAAUAAAACAUAUUCUAUUCCUAACAGCAAAACGCUUUAAGAAAAUUUAAAAGAUUUGAAAUAAGAAAUCAUAAAGUUAGAAAAGAAUAUUAAAGCCCCAUUCAACAAAAAAGCAUUUCAAUUCCAUGCUAAUAAAUCUUAAGCUAAAGGAAUAGUACAUCGUUUUCCAACUACUCCUGCAUAUGGUAUUUCUCAUAAUAUUAGUGGAUAAGAUUAUUCAAAUACUUAAGUAGAAGAAUGUGUAACACCAAAAUCAAAGACUACUUAACAAAUUAUUGGAAGAUCUUCAAACCGAGAAGCUGAUAAUGCAAUCUAUACAUUGAUUGAUGCUAAAGAAAAUUUUGUCAGAGAAAAGUAAAAAGAAAUUCAUGAAGCAAAUGAAGAAUUUCGUAAACUAGUAGUUGAAGCAGAAAAAAUAAAAAAGGAAGAAAACAACUUAAAGCUAAGAAGAAUAGAAGUCCACUAUAAAAAUUAUGAAAAACGUUUAGAAGAAGCAAGAAAGUAAUAUGAAAUAUAAUUGACAAUGCUUUAGUAAUAAUUGAAAGAUAAUAUAGAAGGCGAAGAGUUGGCUUACAAAAAUAAUAUUAAAACUAAAAUAGCUCUUUUAGAGAAAAAUUCUGUCUUUAACAAAGCAGAUAAUUCUCAUCACUAUAAAUUAACGCCCUCUAAACUUGAUAAAUUAUACACUAGUUCUCAAAAUACUCCAUAUAAAUCUGACUAUAUUAAUAUAAAGUAGAAUAUUUAAAAUUUGAAUAGUAGUUAAAGAGUAAAUUAAAAUUAAUUAGAGAACUCUCUAUCCACUUCCCAUUUAAGAAAUAAUCACUAAUUAAAUAUCUCAAAGACAUACACAUCUCCCAAUCACAAUAGUGAAGUUAUAAACAGGUUUAAUAAUGUUUUUGACCAGACUAGAAUAUCAAAAAUGUAAGAUAAUGAUGAGUUUAUAGAUAACAUAUUUUUUACAAAAUCUCCUUCAUAUGCAUAGUCUAAACUGGAAAAAUUAAAGUUAGAUAUUCAACAAUUGCAAAAAAGUAAUUAAAAGAAAUUCUUGUAGACCCAAGAUAGUAACAGUAAGAAAUCAAAAAAAGACUCACGUUCUGCUAACUAUAGCCCUGUAUCAAAAGAAUUUUUAAUGAGGUCAAAGUAAAAGAAGAACAAAAAUGAAAUAGAAUUAAGCUCUAGUUCAGAAGACGAAGAAAAAUUUAUAAAAGAAUAUAAAAAAUACAAAGACAACGUUGUCUUAAAAGAAAAAAUGAGAUAAAAGCAAAGCCAAGAAUUUUGGGAAAAUGGCAAAUAGCAAUGA